AUGGGCUCCUCGAAGAGGCACCGCAGAGAGAAGGAGGCGGAGGCAGGGGAGGCGGAGAGUUCAGGCCCGGGCACAGCUGAGCAGGUGUCCCCGCACCGCGAGCAUAAGAAGCACAAACACAAGCAUGAGAAGCACAGACACGAGCGUGAGAAGCACAGACACGAGCGUGAGGAGCACAGACACGAGCGUGAGGAGCACAGACACGAGCGUGAGGAGCACAGACACGAGCGUGAGGAGCACAGACACGAGGGUGCUGAGCGGAGAGCGAAGCGAGAGAAGCGCGAUGACGGCUACGAAGCUGCCACUGGAUCCAAAGCCAGCUCUGGAGAUGCCUCGUCUCUCAGCAUUGAGGAGACCAAUAAACUCCGAGCCAAGCUGGGCCUCAAGCCUUUGGAGGUUAAUGCUGUCAAGAAGGGGGCGGCCGGCACCCAGGAGGUGCCUGCGCUGGCGGACGUGAUCAACCCCAUGGCCAUGCGGCAGCGUGAAGAGCUGCGUGAGAAGCUGGAGGCGGCCAAGGAGAAGCGGCUCCUCAGGCAGAAGCUGGGGAAGAUCAAGACCCUGGGGGACGACGACGAUCCGUGGCUAGAUGACACAGCGGCGUGGAUUGAGAAGAGCCGUCGGCUGCAGAAAGAGAAGGACUUGGCUGAGAGGAGGGCCACGCUGUUGGAGGAAAUGGAUCAAGAGUUUGGAGCGAACGUCCAGGUGGAAGAGUUUGCACCGAGAAGGAAGGAGCAGUACAGUGCCCGGGACCUGCAGGGGCUGACCGUGGAGCACACCAUCGACUCCUUCAGGGAGGGGGAGACCGUGAUCCUCACCCUCAAGGACAAGGACGUGCUGCAGGAGGGGGAGGAUGUGUUGGUCAAUGUGAACCUCCUCGACAAAGAGCGGGCAGAAAAGAAUGUGGAACUCCGGAAAAAGAAGCCGGAUUACCGGCCCUAUGCCGAAGACGAGAGCGUGGACGACAUGGCUGUGUGGAAGCCCAGGUCCAUUUUGGCCAAGUACGAUGAGGAGCUGGAAGGGGCGCGACCGCACUCGUUCCGACUCGAUCGCAGCGGGGCGGCUGACGGAGCCCGAGAACGCGAGCUGGAGGAAAUCCGGGCCAACCUGAGGCAGCAGGCGCAGUCCCUGGCAAUGGCUGGACCCCGGCUCGCCUCCGAGUACCUCACCCCACAGGAGAUGGUGGUGACCUUCAAAAAGACAAAGCGAAGGGUGAGGAAAAUCCGAAAGAAGGAGGAGGUGCUGGUUCGAGCCGAUGACCUGCUUCCUCUUGGCAACGAGUCAAGCGAGAGAGACUUUGGCUCCAGGUUGCGGGGCAGGGGCCGUCGCCACGUCCCCGAGGCCGAGGAGGAAGCCCUGGGAGAGCAUGAGAAGCAGACCCCUUCCCAGCUCCCCCAGUCUGACGACAGCCGAGUGGAAAACAUGGACAUCAGUGACGAUGAAGAGGGUGGAGCCCAGGGAACGGGCUUCCCUGGGAUCCUCGAGGAGGAUGAAGCGGAGGCUGAGCUACAAGAGCAGCUGGAGAAGGGUCGGAGACUGAAACAACUAAAGCAGCUCAGAGACCCUGGGGAGAAGGUGAUGGAGAUGGUGAAGAAACUCGAGAUGCAGCGGAGCAGGGAGGAGGAUGAAGACCCAGAGUGCAAAGGGGCCAUUGUGUUCAGUGCCACCUUGGAGUUCUGCCGAACCCUUGGGGAGAUCCCGACUUACGGGAAGGCUGGCAAGCAGAAGGACCGGGAAGAGCACAUGGACUUUGAGAGACAGGAAGAAAGGUCCGCCAACAUUGGCCCAGAAUCUGACGGGGAGGACAAUGUUGGCAGGAGUACAGUCAACCUGGACGAGGAGCAGCAGCAGCAGCAGCAGCUGCAGCAGCAACAGCAGCAGGGUUUCUCUACCACCAUUCUGGAUGAAGAGCCCCUCAUGAAUAGGGGCCUGGCCGCCGCCCUGCUCUUGUGCCAAAAAGAAGGACUGCUGGAGACAGUGGUGCAGAAGGGGGCUCGGGUGAAGGCCCCCAACAAAUCUCUGCCUUCUGCUGUGUACCGCAUCGAGGACAAGAUGGCUGUUAACGACAAGCAUAGUCAUCGGGAAGAGUAUCUUGGCUACACCCAGGAUUUCAAAGAGAAAGAGGGCUACGAGCCCUUUUUCAAGCUCGACUAUGUGGAUGAGACGGGCAGAAAGCUGACACCCAAGGAGGCCUUCCGGCAGCUGUCUCACAGAUUCCAUGGGAAGAGUUCAGGCAAACUGAAGACUGAGCGGAGGAUGAGGAAGCUGCAUGAGGAAGCUCUCUUGAAGAUGAGCGGUGGUGACACUCCCCUGGGCACAGUGGCUUUGCUCCAGAAGAAACUGAAAGCCCAGAAGACCCCGUACAUCAUGCUCAGUGGCAGCGGGAAGAGCAUGACCGGUAACACCAUCGCCAAGUGA